AUGGCCAAGCGCACCAAGAAGGUUGGCAUCACUGGAAAGUACGGCACCCGCUACGGCGCUUCACUGAGGAAGAUCAUCAAGCGCUACGAUAUCCAGCAGCGCGCCCGCUACAUGUGCUCCUUCUGCGGCAAGGAGAACGUGAAGCGUGUGGCCGGUGGCAUUUGGAAGUGCAAGGGCAAGACCUGUGGAAAGAUCAUGGCUGGUGGCUGCUGGACCCUGAGCACGGGCCCAGCCGCCACGGUGCGCGCCACCAUCGCGCGCCUCAGGAAGCAGCAGCAAGGCAAAAGUGCCGGGACUUGGGAGAAGUUCUUGGCAGUUGAAGCCUCAGAUUAUAGUAAUAGCUAUAUAUAUAUAUGA